AUGAAUUCCUUUAGACAUUUGAGUAAGAGGACAGACGGUGUCCGUGAGAGCCAGCUUAAAAGCAGCAAUCUUUGUCACUUUGCUGGAAUCCUUCAUGCAAUGCAAGUGAUACCAGAUGUUGUUUGUCUGAUGAAGGCUUUCCACUCGCCCAACAGAACCAACAGCCGCCAUAUUGACAUUGUGGCAGGCCAAGGUCAAGUGUGGGUCAAGGUCAUUGCCAGGAAGGCUCAGGCAUUACACCUCAUAUGGGCAGGUGAAGGACAGUUUGGAGAGCAUGACCUUUUCAAACAAGCAGAAGACUACAUCGUUUAUGCCAAAUCUAACCCUGUCAACUUCUGUACACCCACCGUUCACUUUGCUUUCUAUAGUCAAGUGACCUCUCCCAUGGCUGAGGCUCUAGAAUUGCUGGAAAUAAAGGUAUGGGGGGAGCGGGUGGCUGUCGAUCCAGAUAUCAAGAUCAAACUCCAGGCCAUCAUGGAUGAGGAGAGUGAUGAUUUCACAGAUGAAGAAAGUAAAGCCCUUUUUAGUGACAAUGACACACGAGCAAAUACUAUGGCUGCAGCCACAAGGUCUUCUGUGUCUCUUAAUGGCUUACCUAUGACAGAGAGAGAAUUACCAUUACCUUUUAAAGAGUUAUCUGUCUCACAUGAAAAGUUACCUUUACCAAAUGGAGGUUUAUUUAUGUCAGACAAUGAGUAUGCUUUAUGUAAUGCAGAAAACAGAUACUGCACUUCAACAACACAAAAAGUGUUUGAUUCAGCAUCACUAAACAGAAAUUGUGUUAGUCAGCCUGGCUGUACCAAUACAUGUAACAGUGAUUUCACCAAAGUUACAAAGAAACUUGAAAAACCAUCUCUUAACAAGGGUCACACUGAUUUGUUGCUGACUGGGCCUUCAUGUAGUAAUAUCCAUCCAAAUGAAUCUUCAAAACAUUUAAACCUGAUCAGUAAUACAAGUGAACAAGGUCUAGAACAGUCAUUUUCUGAUGCCACACAACAACAGCCCAAUCCAUCAUGUUGUCAUAUCCACAGUGAAGGAAGCAAUGGGACAGCUGAUGAUUUAUUUAUUUCUUGUCUUUUGAUCUCGGUCCCUAAAUAUGAUAUAUCAACAAUGAUGGUCACUACAGAGAGGAGCAAUGCCAAUCACUCAGAGCAAAUAGGAAAAGUAAAUUUGGACAUCACAACUCUCAUUACCAUGGUUUCUGCUGUAACACAUGGUGGUUGUCAUUUUGCAUUCCCUGAGAAAACAGAAGAUGAAAGGGAAAACCCUGCACUUCCAGCACUCCAACAAUUCCUCCAUGGUAAAGAAUGGUAUGCCUGCCAGACAGCUUGGGAUGAUUUUGAAACCAUUCUCCAAAAUCUAGGAGGCCCCGAGGAGAAGAGAAGAGCUCGUCUUCUGCUUCACCGGCUCAAAGUUAUUCCUGAUCAGCCAUCAAAACGUGCUCAAGAUCUACCUAAUACUGGCAAAAUGCGUCAACGUACCAAG